CUGGGCUGUGCACGCAGCAGUUUCGCACGGUGCUCCUGUGCCACAGUAACAACAACAAACAGCGACACCUUCCACCACGGAGCCAUCCCCUCCACUACCACCCACCUGCGACGGUGAGAACCCAGCCAAACCGGACUGGCGACUACAAGUCUAGCUCGCACCAGCGCGCGCUCCGCCCCUCCCCCUCUUUGUCGACCGGGUCAUCGCAAAGGCCCAGAGACCUCCCAGUCCGCUGGCCUGCCGACCUCGCGACGCCGGCUGGGAGCACAUGGACACCCGCGCGCCAGAAGCCCCCUUCGCGGAUGAACUGCGGGACAAGGCAGAAAAUCUACUUCAAGAACUUCAAGAACAUUUUCAGGCUCUAACUGCAACAUUAAACAACAGAACGGAAGAAAUGGGAAAUCGUAUAAAGGACUUACAGAAGAAUGUGAACGACCUAAUGGUGCAAGCUGGUAUUGAAAAGUGUUUUAAAGAACAAAUGACCAGCAACAUGUAACAUGACCAUUCCAAACAGUUACUGAAGAAGACCCCAAAGUCCAGCUAAAUCAAACCAACUGGAAAGAAGAAGCAGGUAUCUGUGAGGUUCUUAGACUUUGCUUCCAAGGAAACCAGUCUUCAACCCUGGAUGUUGAUGCUUUUUCUCCCAAAGAGAGCUGUCCUGAAUCCUGAGAUCACCCUCUAGAAGUAAUUAAAGAAAAGCAGGAGGAUCCCAUUCAAGCUUAUUUUGUGCAUUAUACAAGGAACUUUUAAUUAUUCAGCUUGCCUCUCUCCAAGCCAAAGUAAAAUAUAGCUAUUAUCUUAAAAAAGGGGAAAGAGAGAAGGGGAAGGGAAAAUUUUAAAAAAUUAGCAUGUGCUAAGUGCAUGUACUAACACUCCACAAUGAAUGUAAUCAUUAUAUAC